AUGGUCUUCAUUCUGGGUGUGAAUUUCCCCGAGCGGAAUCUCGUCAAGGCAAGCGCAUCUCUAUUCUCAAGACCCAGACCCGACGACCAAACCUCUAAAUCCCUCGAGACGUUCUUCGGCGUUGGCCCCUUGGUUUCUCAACGUCUCCUUGCCCGCUUCCACAUCCACCCCACAUGCAAAGUUGGCGAGCUUGCGAAUAAGCAGGUUCUGGACCUCACAGCUGCUUUAUCCGACAUGAAGAUUGAGAAUGAUCUCCGGAGACAGAUUCUUGAUGAUAUUAAGCGGUUGAAGGAGUCGGGCUCGUACCGGGGUAGACGCCAUGCGUUGGGAUUACCGGUUCGGGGACAGAGAACGAGGACACAGAUUUCGACCGCUGUCAAGCUCAACCGUAUGGAAAGAAGACUGUGA